AUGACUGAGCUCAGCUUCCCCGCUUAUCCAGGGCCCAAGCUUGAGGCCUACGUGUCGCGGCUUCUAGACGAGGCCGGCGUGCCCAGUUUUCUCUGGGGAGAAUCGGUUCUGGCAAUUCUCCGUGUCCCAACCGCUGAUUUUUUUUCCGGAUGGGUGGUUCCAGACGAUUGCAUCGAAAAGGCGUCGCGCGCUCUUGAUGAAGCGAAGUUCCCGCCGUGCACAUUGGGUGAACGCUGCUCUUUAUUCUGGCACCACCGAACUCACCCCAUACCCGAUCACCACUAUCAUACGGACUUGGAAUACUCGGAAACACCACCGCAUAUGUCGUGUGGCGUAUUCCUCUAUAAGAAAUCACGGCUUUUCUGGUCUUUCCCUGAUCCGCCUAUCGGUCGUCCGUCACCCAAUGACCCGUAUUAUGUACUCACAUCCGAUACUCGCCUGCGUGAAGGUGGUCUAACAACCCGAGGCCGCUCACAACCUGGUGACUAUCCGGUCAAAAUGCCGAUUCCGGCCAGGUAUUUGGAAGCAAUGAUUCUAUUAGAACUGCGGGACCUCGUAGGCAAGGUCACAUCGGCACACUGGAAAGUGGAGAUAAACUAUCUAGCUGAUUUUGUUCUGCGCAAAGAAAACAAUCCGGCCCUGAGCUUUGAGGAUAUCGCGGAGCCUUUUCGAGAGUUUGUCAGACAAAGAUACAUCGAUGUUAUAUAUGUGCCAGGUGAGUUGCCUGACACAGAUUUCGGCGACAAAUAUCUCCAUCAGUUGUAUGUCACAUUGAAAAGCAAUGGCCAACUGCCUCCACUCGAGCCCACUCCUUAUGACAACUAUAUACCUCUGGAGUUGCGUUUGCAAAAGUACGAUAUCCCAUUUGACCCCAAGCUGAUAGACCGGAGCCCCGAGGAAUAA